CUUACAAAGCAUCAAUCCAUCGAACGAUUCGCCCAAUCACUCACAGCAAUCCAUUAAGCCAUUCCAGCCGCAUACACGUCUAAUCUAUCCGACCCCUCCCCAAACCAUUUCCUCCCACGACUCCCUCAAUUCUCCUCCCCCACUACCAAGUUCAGUUUGUAAAUAGUCCAAGCCAUCCAGCUCAACUAAACUUUGAAUCAUCCAUUGAAUCCGUAUAUAAUUUUUAAUUUUUAAGAAUAUCAGUAAUUCAAUCCAAUUCAAUUAUUCUAUUAAUCCCGAGUAACGAGUAACGAGUAAUUGUCCCAUCAUAACUUAACUUGACUUAUUUUAUUAUUAUUGUAUUACCCGUAACUAUCCUAAUCAUCGUUACACCCAUCUAAUACCAAUUUAACCAAUUCAAUUCAAUUUAAUUCCACCAAAAUGACUGAAUCCUUAUUCGAUACUAAAUUCUCAGAAUCUUCCGAAAAGGAUAAACAAGCCCAAGUCGCAUCUGAUUCAACUACCUCCACCAAUGCCGAAUCAUCAGUUGCUCCAACUACAGAAUCAUCUUUAGAUGAAUCUAAUCAAAAUUCUGAAUCAACCAUUGAAGAUUCAUCCAAUAUUAAAUCUUCUUCAAGUUCUGCUCCAACCGCUGAAGAAAUUGAUAAUACUUCCCUUCCAUCCCUUCAUGAUAAAUCUAAAGUUUCCACUUUAAUAAAUUUCAGAGUAUUAGUAUCUGCUAAAGAAUCUGGAUGUUUAAUUGGACAAAAUGGUAAAGUUAUUGAUUCAAUUCGAGCUGAAACAAAUACUAAAGCAGGAAUUUCUCGUCUUUUACAAGGAUCUCAUGAAAGAAUUUUAACUGUUAGUGGUACAUUAGAUGAUUGUGCAAAAGCUCUUAGUUUCUUUGCUCAAGCUUUAUGUGAUUCUAAUAUUGAAACUUAUAAUUAUUUCCCAUUAAAACAAUUAAGUUCAACUCCUUGUAUUGAACAUGAAACAACUAUCUUAAGAUUAUUAAUUCCAAAUAGUCAAAUGGGUACACUUAUUGGUUCAAAAGGGUUAAGAAUUCAACAAAUUCAAACUAAUUAUAAUAUUUCAAUGAUUGCUUCUAAAUCUUUCUUACCUGGAUCAAAUGAAAGAUUAGUUGAAUUACAAGGUUCUGUAAAUAAUUUAUAUGAUGCUUUAAGAAUUAUCGCCAGAUGUUUAAUUGAAGAUUUUUCUUCAAUGACUGGUACUAAUUAUUAUAUUCCAAGAGGUCAUUCAAAUAAUUAUUCAUCAAUUGGUAAUAGUAGACAUUCCAAUGGAAAUGGUAUAAAUAAUAAUAUUAAUAAUAAUAAUAUUAAUAAUAAUGGUAGUAAUAACAGUAACAGAAGAUCUCAUCUUACUACCACUUCAAUUAGUUUCCCAAAUGAUAUUGUUGGAGCUUUAAUCGGUAAAAAUGGUUCAAGAAUUCAAGGAGUUCGUAAAGUAAGUGGAGCUACUAUUGGAAUCAGUGAAGAAACUGAAGGAAAAGAUGAAAGAAUCUUUACUAUUAGUGGUUCAUCUCAUGCUGUUGAAAAAGCUAAAGAAUUAUUAUAUCAUAAUUUAGAAAGAGAAGAACAAAGAAGAAGUGAAAGUGAACAGAAAUAGUUUAUGACUUGUAUUUCUGCUUUUAAUCUUUUUUACUGAAUCACCCUCCCCCAAUUGAUUUCUACUUUUUUAUACAUAGUAUUUUGUUUCUGUUCAAUCUUUUAAACUUCUUGAUUAUGUUAUGUUAUUUUGUCUUAUUACAGUAUCAGUAUUAUUAUAACUUGU